UUGAUCUACUGGUGAAGAGUGGAGAAAACAAAGAAGCGUCAAUGCAUAUCCUGUGGUACGUGUUAUUCUAUUCCCUUUGGGCUCCUGGAAGCAAAGGGUGGCCCCUGAAGCAGUUUGCACAGAAGGAGGAGCUUUGCCUUCUAUGAAUAUGUUUCUGUAGAAUCAAGCGUUCUGUUAAAUAAACAGUGCAGUUUGGCUGAAAUGAAAGAACGUUUGAGUGCUUCCAGGAGAAAUGGAAGUGUCAGAGGUGAAAUACUAUGUGCUCGAAAUAUUCUGGAAUUCCAUCUCCUUUGGAAUACCACAGAUUUUUGGUGGGAAUAUGAUUGGGUGGAGUAUUCUGAACAACAGAUCUUGAGGAAUCAGAUUUCUGUUGACUCAUUGGUCUGCUUUUGGAAUCUUUGGAAGGAGAAGAUUGUUAGAAUUAUAAAGUGUGUAGGAUGUGCGGAGAUGCUGGGGGAAAAGGAAAGUAGGUGCUAUUGGGAGUUCUGCUUGAAUUAUUUUGGUGUGCUGGAGCAACAGGACAACCUGCAAGGAACUUAUCACCUUCUGAACGCAGAUGCUGAUUGGGUCAGAAACAUAGAUAACAGAUUCCUCCAACGAAAUGGACAGUUGGUUGCAUUGGAGCUUCAACAAUUAGUCUCUGCAGUUCAAAAGUAUUGGCAUUCUGAGCUUACUUCUGUUGGUAUGAAGCUCCUGGCCAAACUGGAUGCCCUUUACGAUUUUUCGGUGGAGAGUUCUCUGUCGAACUUCUGGCAAAGCAGAUGUCUUGCUCUCUUACAUGACGUUGCAAAAAAGUUCCUUGGAGAACUGAAUUGUCUGAAUGACUCCUCCAGGUUUGGUAGGGCACUGCAGGAUUUCAUUGAAAAAUCCAGUAGGAGGUACUUUAGUCACGUAUUUCCUCUUGACUGGCGAACCUCAUCAACACAGAAUAUGAUAUCUCUGAGAGGAAGUGAGGCUUCUCGUCAUUUAUUGAGAGAAAUAAUGAACAUGAGAAUUUCGAAGACGCAUUUUUCACAUGGGAAUAUGGGUAAGCUUGCCACUUUAUUUUUUGGGUCUGGCAUGCUCGACAAUGAAUCGUACGGAAGAAUUGCGCAGUCUUUUGAGGGAAGUACGUCAUGGAAGGCAUUCAUGGAAUGCGUUUGCCAGGAUGUACAAUCAGACCUUCCUCAGGCCAGCGAUGAUAGUAAGCCCGUGGAGUUCUCUUUGGCUUGGAACCUUUAUGGAGCUUUGGCAGAUACUUACAGGGCCAAUUGGAGGAUUGAAAGAGACUACAUUACUCCGAUUUGCUUCUUGUAUCUCUUGGAACGACUUUUGAUUCUGUUAUCUUGCUCCAAAGGGAAGUUUUAUGCAACCAAGUCUUCUCUAGUUGAAUGGCUUAUCUGCCAUGAGGGUUUAGCAAAGCCUAGCUUUACUUUCAACCUGGGAAAUUGCUUGGAGCCCAUCAUUGGGUUUGUUACUAGUACUAUUCAGCAGCUUCUUUGCGACAAAGGGGAAACCAUAGAAUGGAUCAGAAGAUCGAACCUAAACGUGACUAUGUACUACCCGCUAUUGGUCUUGAAGUUGGUUCUGUUGGUUUGUUUGCUUCACUUAAAUUUUGGCAUCGAUCCACAUUUUCUCGUUGAUUUGCUGGAGAAGAGUUGGAUUUCUGAGCAAUUACCUCCAGAGUUCCGUCGAAUUCUUUUACGUCGCUGGAGGCUUAACUUUCAGAAGAAUUCAAUGGGUAUUCUCGCUGAAGCAUUUGAAAAAGUUGAUGAUCCCCUCGUAAUCACCAAUUCUGCUGCAGAUUGUUCAUCAUGUCCUCAUGCCAUCAUUUUAGAUGUGAAGUCGAACAGAUGCAAGGAAGAGAUCAUGAAGGUUUUAUUCCCCAAAGAUGGAAGCGCUGUGAGCUCUUGCAAGUCGCGCAAUCUGACUGAAUUUUCCAAGGAUUCCUCUUCAUCUUCCAACAGUGCAGCACCAGUUGUGCAUUUGGAUGGUGCAAACACGUCGUCGUUGCCGGAACAAGAAACGGGCAUAGCGAAAGAGGAAGAGAAGAGCGAAGCUGUGGAAGCUCAAAAAACCAGUGAUGUGAAGAAGGAUGAGCAGGCUUCAUCAUCUUCUUUUUCCCAUACCGGUGUCGUCGGAAACAGGAACAAGAACAAGGGCAAUUGCAAGUCCAACGGUAAGCAAAACAAGAAAGGAAGAGGCAAGAAGAAAUGAAUCCUUGCCUCGUUGUCCCAGAUCCAGUUUGAGUGAAAAUGGAUAGCGUGUAUGCCGGUGAAGAGUGAGAAAGAAAAUGCAACUUUCUCAGCACAUCUUAGUUAACUACAGAUCAUCUUGAUAGAGAAGUUUGCCUGAUUGGAGUGAAUAUACAUUAUGAUAACCAGACUGUGACAGCAUACGUCCAUGUGGGAAUGUACAUAAUUGAUCUGUUUGUACCCUCACCGGACGAAGGAUGAGUCCGUCGCCGGAAAAUUCUCCUGUUUCCAGAUAGAUAACCCAACGGUGAGCCAAAUCUGGCUCUUGAUGGAGAUUAAGGAUGACAUUACCGUAAGAUUCAUGUAGUUGCU